AUGCCAAAGGCAUGUCCAGAUGACGUAAUAAUAGAGAAGACUCCCGCCUAUUUUACAGCAAAUCCACAAGUUCCACAACGAGUAUUUCAAUUUAACCCAAAAAUUAAAUUUAUUCUCAUAGUGCGUUCUACUGUUACUAGAACUGUUAGUGAUUUUACACAAAUUUUACAAACAAAAAAAGAAAGGAAUAAACCUCCAAUUAAUUUUGAAAAAAUGUCUUUUAUUAAAAAUUGUAAUGGUUCGCUACAGUUAAAUGAACGGUGA